ACAUUAAAUUUUUAAAAACACAAAUAUCCAAAAUGGCGUCUUUUCCACCGCUCCCACAGAUUGUAGGGAAGCAUGGUCCAGUCUUUGAAGCUUACUACAGACAGGCUGAUCCUAAUAACACUGGCAGCGUAGGAGCCCUAGAUGCUGCAAAUUUUAUGAAAAAAUCUGGAUUGAAAGACAAUGUGUUGUCACAAAUCUGGGACCUAUCAGACCCGAGCGGGAAAGGCUACUUGGAGAAACCAGGAUUUUUUGUCGCCUUGAAGCUGAUAUCCAUGGCCCAGAACGGACUUGAUCCUGCCAUCAACAAACUGACCUCUGAGACACCACAACCUAACUUGGGUCCAGUUGAAAUAGCACCAGAAGGCGAUGCAGCUGCUGGGGUACCAUGGCUUAUAGGGAGUACAGAGAAAUCCAAGUAUGAUCAAGUGUUUGACGGUCUCAAACCUGUAAACAACCUCCUGGCCGGGGACCGUGUGAGAGAGGUGCUGAUGAAGUCAAACCUGCCCGUGGACGUACUAGGCAGGAUCUGGGAACUCAGUGAUAUCGACAAGGAUGGAUACCUAGAUAGAGAUGAGUUUGCUCUGGCAAUGCAUUUGGUACACAAGGGCAUGGCGAAGGAGCCCGUUCCCAUGGCCUUGACCCCUGGGCUCAUACCCCCCUCUAAAAGGAAGGGUGGGGCCCCUCUAGCGGGGGCUGUGCCUGUACUGCCGAGCCACAUUGGGCCCGUUAUGGGUGGACAACCACCCACACAGAGGUCUGACUCCCCAGCCAUGAGGGGCCUGAGUGUCCCCUGGGUAGUAACUCCAGCAGACAAGCUGAACUACGACGCCAUGUUCCGCAAGGCUGACCUAGACAUGGAUGGAUAUGUCUCGGGACAGGAGAUCAGGGACAUAUUCCUUCAGAGCGGCCUGCAUAACAAUGUCCUUGCUCAUAUUUGGAGCCUGUGUGACAUGAAAGGGAUGGGGAAACUUACUUCAGAGCAGUUCGCCCUGGCCAUGCACCUGGUACAGCAGAAGAUGAAGGGCAUUGACCCGCCCCCCCAGUUGACCCCUGACCUCGUGCCCCCCAGCCUGAGGCCUGGGGCUGUACCACUGGACACGGCAACCUUUGGUGUUUCGGAUGGUGGUACCAGUGCGGGACCCUAUGGACAUGUGGCUGAUUUCUCUGCAAUCAAGGAGCUGGAUAACAUACAGAAAGAGAUUGACGACAUCAAACGGGAGAAGCUGAAGCUGGAGGCGGAGCAGCAGCAGCAGACGGCAGACAUCCGGCUGUGUCAAGUUGAGGUGCAGAUGUUGGAGAAGGAGCUGAACAACAUUACUGGCACCCUACACCAGCUCGAGUCACAAAAGAUAGAGGCCCAGAAAGUAUUAGAUGACCUUGAGGAUAGGAAAAUUAAUUUGGAAACCAGUGUACGAGAAAUAAAACAGAAAUGUGAAGAAGAACAGAGGCUGAUAAAUAACAUAAAAAGUCAAUUACAGAAUCAACAGAAGUCAGCAAUGGAACAAGACGAGGAGUUGAACAAAUUGCGCAUAGAGCUACAGAAGCUUCGAGAGGAGGAGAACACUCUGGAACAGAAAGUGGAGUCCGGGAAAACACAGCUGGAGCUGCUGACCAAGUCUCAGAAAGAUGUCACACUGCAGGUGAACCAGACCAAGACGCGUGUUCAGCACUUACAAGACCAGCAGCGGGCCAUAGCCCAGGGUAUCACAGAGUUCACAGUGGGGUCAUACACAGGGUCAGAGUUCAUGGGGCUCCCUAGUAACCUCUCCUCUGGGACCUUGGAGGAUCAGUCCAGUACCCGCGCAACAUUCAAUAAGAGGCAGCAUAUAUGGCAAUGGAACAUACAGCAAGGAAGUCCAGUAAGCAAUAUCAGUGACUUCAGCAUGGGGUCAGCAUUUGAUGAGGACCCCUUCAAAAACAAGGACCCCUUUGGUGGGGGUGGAAACCAGGCAGACCCUUUUGGGGCUGAAGACCCAUUCAAAGGGGAUCCCUUUAAAUCUGAAGGAUUUUCAUCAGAUCCUUUUGGAGCAGAGGACCCUUUUAAAGAAGCUUUUCCAACUAGUAGCACAGGAAAUAGCAAAGAAGAUCCAUUUGCCAGUUCAGAUCCUUUCGGAAGCGGAUCAUUUGCUUCAGUGGGUUCUAAGAAGCACAAUGAUGCUUUCGAUCCAUUUGGUAUCAGUUCAGGUUCUCCUGCUAAAUCUCAGACUGCUAGCGGAGACCUGUUCCGUAGUGACCCGUUUGCACCCUCCCCCAGUAGUAAUAAGGGCCGGUCAGAAUCCCCUCUGCCUGCUCUACCCCCAAAACAAAAGAAGGCCCCGCCCCCUCGGCCCGCCCCUCCUAAGGCAACACCCACUUCCAGCCCCUCCAAGCCCGGAAAGCCAGACCCAUUUGGGAGCUCCUUCCCGAGUGAUCCCUUUGGAGCCGCGGACCCUUUCUCGGGAUCGGUGAGUGCCCGUAGCGGUGAGGGGUUUGCAAACUUUGCCGAUUUCAGCCCCGGAAAGACAUCCAGCGCAUUCAGUGACGAAGAGUUAUCCUGGGCAUUUUCAUCAUCAUCAUCAUCCAUGGCAACGCCAACCAGUAAAAAAAACAAAUCUCCAGGUUCUAAAUCGUCUAGUCAAAAGAAAAAGACUUUAACCCGUAAGGAGCAGGAGGAAGCGGAUUUUCAGUAUGCGCUGAAGUUAAGUCGGGGAGAAAUAGACGAUAGUACUGCUUAACACUAUUUUGUUUUAGGACUUUAUUUUAAUGCAUAGAAUGUUCUUGUCAAUUGUUCAUCAUCUAAAAUGACCAAGUUUAUGUUAAGUGCAGUUAAGUUAACUUGCCUUCAGUGUAAGGUCUUUGAUAUGAUGUGCUGAAGGCAUAUGUUAGUCUCAAAUUCUGAAGGUCUUGUUUACACUUGAGGUCAAUUUCACAUAAGCCCGUAAUAUAAAUUCAUUACAGCUGAUAUCUUCCUUGUCUUUCAAGAUAGAUCCUCAAUCAUUUCUGAACUUAAAUGGAUUUGUUAAUUUAUGAACAAUUUUGGUGUACACAAGAAAGGAGUUUUUCUCUCAGUUUCCAAAAUAGGAAAUACACGAGUAAUAAAUAAUUGGUGGAUUGAAUGAAUAAAAUUUAAGGAAGCAGAGCCUUUGACAACAUGCUUAAUGUCUUUUUGCCAAUGUAUCAAACAUUUCUUUGAGAAUCAUUAUCUGCAAUAAUGAGGUAGAUUAAAGCAUUGUAUAGGUUUAGUACGAUUUAGAACAUUUAGAUUCAAAGGAAGGAAUGGAUGAAUUAAUAUUUUUUACUGGUGUUUGAAAUAAAAAGAGGGUCCAUCUGAGUAUAUGUUUACAGUUUUGUGGCAAUAAAAACAAUAACAUGACGAUUAUUAUAAAAGAAAAGUGCUAUGAUUAGUGAUGAUGAUGAUGAUGAUGAUGAUGAUGAUGAUGAUGAUGAUGAUGAUGAUGAUGAUGAUGAUGAUACUAACAUAGGUUAUUUACUCAUUAACAAGUAAAAUUAUAUAAAAACUUUCGUACACGCAAUAAUUUAUGUAAUUUUUAACAAAUGUAUUUUCACAAUAUAUUUAUUUAUGUUUUUGUAUGUCAUCAUCAUUUAUAUUAAAUGACAAAUGAACAUAAAGACUGGUUUACCUAAAAAUUCAUUGUAUUCAUUUGUUGAAUCUGUUACUUUAAACCAUAUAAUAGUGUUUAAGCUCAAAUAACUUUAUAAUGCUGACAAUGUUUAAUGUUUUUAUUUUUUCAUCAAAAACAUUGGCAUUGUGGAUACAUUUUUUGGUGAUAUUUCAUUGUCAUUUGUUCCAAUUUUUCAGUGCCAAAUAUACUUCAUGCACAUAUUCCAUAUAUGAAUUACGUAUUUGUGUGCAGUUUUCGAUUACAACAAUAUACUUUACAGAUAUACAACACAUAUUUUGCCUUUAAAUUAUUUACACUCUAAUUUAUUUCUACAUAUUAAUAGUAAGUCAACUACAGUUGUCACUACAAGAAACUACGUAAAUGCUGUACAAUAAAAUAACAAUACAAAUAUAUUUUGUUAUCAGAUUAUAGUAUGACAUACCAAUAUGCAUCUAGUAUUUGUCUGCUUAUUUCUACCUGUAAGCAUAGGUACCUAUCAUUUAAAAAUUAAGGCAUUGGUUAAAGCUAACCUUGGUUGAUGUUCUUAUGUUCCAAGCUACUGGAAACUGUAUGUUUUUUGCUACACUUGUCAUUGGCUUAAAGGCCAUGGUUAUGGUAUGUUGCAUGCUACACAUGUUAUUGACUUAAAGGUCAGGGUCAUACCUGGUAGUUGUGGGACAAAUAUUGCUAUGACACAGCUAUUUAUCAAGCAAUGUGAUACAAAUUCACAACAAGUGAUCUGCUUGUAGAGAUGACGUUUAACAUACAACAUCUGUGUCCCGAGCUUAAGGGUCAAGGUCAUACUUACCGGUCAAAUGUCUUUACAAACUGAAUUAUAAUGCAAUAUUUGUGUGUGCUGAUAAUGAAUGGUGAUAAGUUAAGAAUAUUUAGUCAUGAUAGUUAGUUAAGAAUACUCAAAGUCAUGAUGGUUAGUUAAGAAUAUUCAAAGUUAUAAUUGUAAUAAUGGUUAGUUAAGAAUAUUGAGAAAGUCAUACUCGCUAUUAAAAAUGUUGAAAAAGUCAUUAAUCUUUUAUUGAAUGUUGUUGUUCAAUGUUGGUCAUUUCCUUUCCAAUUGUACCCAAAUCAAACAGCUAGGAGCUAAUAAUAAUUACAAUAUUUAGGUAAAUGUUAAGGUUAAAAUAACUCCAACUGAUGGUAACUAGUAAUCAUUAUGCCUUUUUUAACCUGUAGAAAUACCUUGUGGCAAGACCUAUUUAGGUUUAGGGUGUAAGGGUAUUUUCCUGUUUAGUAUCUUAAACUUUAAAUUAUAUGUUAUUGUUAGGUUACAUAUUUGUAAACAUGUGUCUAUUUAUCAUUAUUAUAUUACUAUUGCAAAUAAACUGGAAAUUAUUUA